GACUUUUCUUAUCGCGUUGUUCUAACGCCACCGACCGAACACUUCUUUUUCUUCUGCAAUAAACCAAAAAAAGUUAAAAAUUCAAAAACUUAAUUACUAAGCAAAAGUGUGCACGAAGAACAAAGCGACGCAUCCGAUUUUAUUUGUUUGAUAAGUUCGUGUCGUCUUCGUCUCUCUAACCCAAUUCUGUGGUGUCUGAAGAAAGCAGAAUCAAAUCCAUGUCUUUCAGAGGACUUAGCAGGCCAAAUGCAAUAUCUGGAAUGGGUGUUGCAGAUGAGAGCAAAACCACAUUUCUAGAGCUUCAAAGGAAAAAAACUCAUCGCUAUGUGGUCUUCAAGAUUGAUGAAUCCAAAAAAGAAGUUGUUGUUGAGAAAACUGGAAAUCCUACAGAGAGCUACGAUGAUUUCUUAGCUUCACUUCCUGAUAAUGACUGCAGAUACGCUGUUUAUGACUUUGAUUUCGUUACUUCUGAGAAUUGUCAAAAGAGCAAAAUCUUCUUCUUUGCUUGGUCUCCUUCGACCUCUGGAAUUCGAGCCAAGGUGCUUUACUCGACUUCUAAAGACCAGUUAAGUAGGGAGCUUCAAGGGAUUCACUAUGAGAUUCAAGCUACUGAUCCUACUGAGGUUGAUCUUGAAGUGUUACGCGAACGAGCGAACUGAGAGCAAGCAAGAUUGCUAUGUCUAUUCAAAACUUAUGGUAAUGUAAUGAAUAAUUCGUAUUCUCUGUGGAUUGAUUUGUGUAAACACAGUUUCAUGUUCUAUGUCAAACUGUAUAACCUCUGGUGUUUCAGAUUGCACAACCUAAAGCUUAGGUAAACUGAAUAUGGUUUAAGAUCGUAAAAGGUUGAUAUAUUAGUAAUGUUAAGAGGGAGAAGAAACUUCUCUUUAGUAGAUAACGAGAAUGUUGAUGAGCAUGAUGAGAGAGUUCUUAAACUAGUCUAGCAAAUUCUGUAUAAGCUCUUGUUGUAGCCAUCUUGAAUUCGAGUCUAAUCCUUGCGAACAAUAUAGAAAGUGGUAGUGUGUAAAGUUUCCCUCAUCAUUUGUGGUUUCUUUUUCUCACUUUCUUCGGUGUAGUAAAAUUUAAGUUGUAUGUAUAAUAGUUCUAUCAUAUACCUGCUUUCU